UCAUGUGAAACAUUUACCUGGUGUUUACCUUCCUGGUGGAAGUUCACUUUUUACAGUCGUUUUACUCCUUUAAAGUAAUAACUUCUUAUACUGUUUACCAUGGCAUCAUCGAGCCCCUUAUGUGGUGUUUGCGUUCAAAGUAAUAUUACCAAACCAUCCACAAUCUGGUGUUUUGAAUGUGACGAAGGGCUUUGUUCAGAAUGCAAAGACCACCAUAGUCGGUCAAAGGGAACACGAAAACAUGACACUCUGCCAAUAAGUGAGUACCAGAAAAUACCACGUGAUAUUGUCAAAAUCUCUCAAACUUGUGGCAACCAUAAUGAGAAGUACACAUUUUAUUGCAAAAAGCAUGAAUGUCUCUGCUGUGGAAGUUGCAUUGUAGAAAAUCACAUGGAAUGCCGAGACUUCGACAAAUUGGUUGAUGUAGUUCAAAAUACGAAAGUUUCGAAUGCCUUUUACGAAAUAGAACAAUCAUUAUCAGAAAUAUCUGACAAUAUUCAAAUAAUUCAAAAUAAUAGGGAACACAAUUUAAAAAGGUUAUCCGAAAAGAAAAUGCAAAUUGAGAAAGAGAUCGAACAAGCGAGGAUUACAAUCAACACUCAUUUAGACAAAAUACAAGAUGACAUUAUAAAAAGGUUAAAUGAAAUCGAAGUAAACGAAAGUAAGAUAAUACGCGAAAUGCUGAACGUUUUGAAAGAAAAUGAAAACGAGAUAAAUGAAUCCCGAACAAACAUUAAAAAUAUCAAGCAGCAUGCUACAGAUCUUCAGACAUUUAUUUCUAUGAAGGAGCUAGAAAAAAAAGUCGCUAGUAAAAACGAAUUUCUGCAAUCAUUAAUUAACAGCGAAAACUUUAAAAAUUGCGAACUCUCGUACACUGCCAAUGCCGCCAUGCAAUAUUUGGAUAAUCAUAUCAAGACAUUUGGAGAAGUAGAAACUGUGACAAAAUCAUGCGAUGUAGUCCUAAAACAGAGGAAAGACAAACAAGCCCAAAUAAUGAUGCCGCACUUAUCAUCUACGUUAGUUGAAAAUGUAAAUGUGAAGCUGCAUAAAACUAUAAACAUAAAAGGACAGUUCAUUAGAGGCUGUUGCAUGUUACCAGAUGGUAAAAUGGCAUUUUCGUCUUACAUUAAUCAUGGUUCAGCUGUCAGAGUAUUCAACUGUCACGGCACCAAAGAUUUUGAAGUGAUUACACCGACAUAUGCAUUUGACGUAGCGUACAUCAGUCACGACAACACACUUGCUGUAACAUCAGGAGGAUCACAUGCGAAAUGUAUCACAAUCAUCGACAUACAAAGUAAGCAAAUGAAGAAAACAGUACCAGUUAAUUGUUAUUAUUAUGGCAUAGCAGUGACAGAUGGCAAUUUCAUUUGUUCUGCAGCAGGAAAAGGAAUUCAACUGAUCAAUCCGCACAACAACUCAACAAGUGAUCUAGUCCGCGAUGAUAAAAUACCGGAUUUGAGUUACGUUACAAUGUUUGAUGACAAAAUUUACCAUACAAAUAACCAAGCAAACUCCGUAACAUGUUAUGAUCUACAAGGUACUGUAGAAUGGACAUUUCAGAACGAACGAGUCCUCAGAGGUCUGAGAGGUGUAGCUGUCGACAAUGAUGGUAAUGUUUACGUAGUAGGAGAAUUGUCGAAAAAUGUAGUAGUUAUAUCUACUGAUGGACAUCAAUACAAAGAGAUAGCUACAGUCAGUGAUGGUCUUAGUCAACCUAUAUCCCUUGAUUAUAACAGAAAAACAAAUCAGUUACUAGUAUCAAAUUUUAUUGAAAAUGCAAUGACUUUUACUUUGAUUUAAAUACUGAUAAUUUAACUUAACGAGAGAAAUUGUAUUAACUAAACUGAGCUAAUAACAGCCGUUUGAUAUCAUAA